CUUGUGUUUGAACUCCCUUUCAGUAGCUACCGGACGCAUUCAGUAGUGCCUUUGGUUUUGUUUCGGUUUGCAGAGUGGAAACUGGGCUCCGCAUGUUUGGGAAGCAUGUUCCGCACCCUAGCCAUACACUGUGUUGCACUUCACAAGCCCCACUACUGGAUCUGCUCGUGUCAUGUCCCACACAUCGAUUCAUAUCGAUUCACACCGAUAAGUCAGUCAUUGAUUAUUAAGUGCUAGCAUCAUGCAUCUAUCUCUGCUGGGAGAUCUACGUUGAACAUCGUUGAACAAUCUGCAAACUGGUUACUCCUGUAUGCAUAUAAUUGAGGCGAACAAUAUAGUUUGAUUGAAAGUGCAUGCUUUCUUCACACUGAUUGGUGAAUUUGCAAACAGCAAGAAGAAACUGGUUGACGAUUGGCACGUGCGCGUAAUUGUGAAUCUACCGCGGACAAAAACAAGAGGCAUGUCUUGAGACACCGAGUCUGUUGAAAAACUUAGCUUGGCAGGAUUUCUUCAAGAACUUGGGGGCUUGCUACGUUGAACGCCUUUUCAAAGGUCUCACAUACCACUACUGUGCGCGGCUUUUUGAUCAGCUGGGCUCUGCGUGGACAGCGGAGGCGCAUUGCAUUAUGGGAUUCACCUUCUGCGUGCAGUUGUAUGGCGCUCUGGGUUCUGUUUUCACUGCUCGCCUCUUUGGAACUGCGGGAUGCGAUUUUACAGCAGAAGUGCAUUCCGCUUUUGGUGCUCACUUUACUGCGAGUCUCUACAAAGGACUUGGAGUGAACUUUGUUAAGGAGCUCUUUGACUGUUUGGGGCCAAGAUUCUGUGGACAGCUGCUUGGAGACCUCGGAGAGGACUUUGAUGCAAUUCUUUUUGGAGAGCUGGGCGAAGACUUCUUGGCGGAAGUGUUUGUUUUCUUGGGCCCAACUUACGUAGCAAAGUUUUUCAAGGCCAUGGGAGCACAGCACUGUCAAGUCUUCUGCUUGCUGGGCGCGUCCUGGACUAGCCGAAUGCACCAACAGAUGGGGGAGGAGAUGUGUAAAGAAGUCUACAACAAGCUGGGCGCUGACUACCACUUCCUGGUUGAGCUCUUCCAACGGUUUGGAUUUCGAUUCACAGCAGAGCUGCUCCUGAUGCUGCAGGCCCAUUUCUGUGUGCAGAUCUUUUCAGCUUUGGGAACACAUGUUGUUUCUCUGCUCUUUCGAGACUUGGGUGUCCCAUUCGCUUCACAGCUUUUUUUGCACAUGGGCGACUCCUUCGUGGCAGCACUAUUGGCAGGGCUGGGAGCUGACUUUUGCGCCGGUCUUUUCCGCACGCUUGGGAGGUGCUUCGUAGGCUGCUUGUUGGAGAACCUCGGCCACCGAUGGUCUGCAGCACUCUUCACCAAGCUUGGCACGGGGUUUGUAUCCGAUCUUUUCCGACAGUUUGGUGGAAUAUUUUCAGUGGCCUUGUUGAGUCGACACCCGGCAUUUUCUUUGCAACUUUCCGCUGAGAUGGGAGCGACCUUCAUUCUGGGAGUGUCGACUACUUUCUGCUGUGCUCUCCACCCCUGUGCAUGUUUCACCCAGGUUGAGUUGAAAAGGAUGCGCAAGGCUCUAUUCAGAUUCACUUCCCUUUGUGUGGAACCAUGCUCUGGCUUAAGGGAGACACUUGCAAUAUCUUGCAACAUGCAACAUUCAACGUGGUUCAAACUGCUGAAGGACUUGAAGUGCGAUUUGAUGAUGUGGAGAGGCCGAUUGGUGGGUGCGCAUGGGCUGAAUGUCAGUUUGUUUUGA